AUGAAGGCCACCUUCUUUACUCUUUCUCUUCUCGGCAGCGCCUUGGGUGCACCGACCAAGACCAUCGAGAACCGACAACUCGGCGAUCUUUCCUCUCUAGGUACCAGCAGUGGGCUGGGCUCCCUGGCCUCGCUCUUCCCCAUCCCAUCCGGUCUCUCUGGACUGGGAGGCCUGGGUGGACUCGGCAACUUGUUGGGUUCCGGCUCCUCCACUGGUUCCAUUCCCAGUUUGGGUAAUCUGGGUUCUCUGUUUGGGAGCAGCAGCAGCAGCAGCAGCGGAUCCGGCAGCGGCCUCAGCAGUCUGCUGGGCGGUCUGGGAGGCUCCUCCACUGCCAACGGCGUCACCGACAAAGACGCCUGCCAGCCGUUGACCUUUAUCUUCGCCCGCGGCACCACGGAGCUCGGUAACAUGGGCAACACCGUCGGCCCAGCGGUAGCUGAGAAGCUGAAGUCGUUGACAAACAACAAGGUGGUAAUCCAGGGGGUGGAUUACGCAGCCUCAGCUGCGGGCAACGCGGCAAUGGGCGCAGAAGGCGGCCCGCAAAUGGCCCAGCUCGUGCAACAGGCGCUGAAGCAGUGCGCCAACACAAAGGUCGUGCUCGGCGGAUACUCGCAGGGUGCGAUGGUCGUGCACAACGCGGCGAGCAAGCUAAGCAGCGGACAGGUAUCGGGCGCGGUGCUGUUUGGGGAUCCGUUCAGGUCGCAGGCUGUGGAGAAUGUUGAAUCCUCUAAGGUCAAGGAGUUUUGUGCGCAGGGUGACCCGGUCUGUCUGAAUGGGGCUAAUGUCAUAGCGCACAUUAGCUACGGGGCUGAUGCUGAGGAGGCGGCGCAGUUCUUGAUCAAGUCUGCUGGUGUUUAG